UCACUGUCAGUCUUACAGUUCCCAAAACUAACCUACAAAAUUAGGGCAGAAAUAAAUUUUAUUUAUAAAUAACGAAAAAAUAAUUAACACUGCUAUAAAAUGUCCAAGAUUUCGACUUUGAUAAACUAUGUGGCGAAACGAAGUAUUUCCCUGACAGUCCCACGACAGGGCAAAAGGAAUUUCAAGAAAUUCAUUAUACCAAACAAGCGGGGCUCCUAUAUCCACAAAAAGAUGCAAGCUGGGCCAAACCCUGAGCUAGAGAUUGAUAAUAGAGGAGUCCGUACUACUGGCUACGUACUUAAUGGACGAUUUGUCGAGGUACCGGAAAUGAUCCCUGAAUUAAUCGUGCCAGACUUAAAAGACUGCGACCUCAAGCCCUAUGUCUCCUACAAGUCUGAAGAUGUUAUCCAAAGCGAAUUUACGCCCCAACAACUCUUCGAUGCAGUUUAUAGUAAAAAGAUAGUCACAGAUUUCAAACAAGGAAAGUUGGAUACUGAGGGAAUGCCCCUUGAACCAUCAGAAGACGAAAAAUUAAGACCUGAGGAGGCAGUAGCGAAAGCAAAGAGAACUGGUUCUGAUAUAUUUUAAGCAAACAUAUUGUGGAACAGUAGUGAAUUAAGAUAGUGUAUAUUUCAAUUAAAGAUGUUAGGUUGUA